CUGGCUUGCUAGUUCUUUGGUUUUUCUUCAUCUUUGGCUGUCUAGAGGAUUGGUAGCUAAUCCUAGGGCUACAAGGCAUCGUCUUGCUAUUUAUCGUCAACAAAGUUAUCAGCAGCUGCAAAACCUCGUCGAAAAGAUAUUGUGGCCCCCGCAAAGUUCCAACUCUUCUUCGGGCACAUCUCCACAAACACCAGGGAAUCGACAAAUAAUGAUAUAGCGACCAUAUAAAACCACCUUCUAUCUAUCUAUCUGCUUCACAAUUUAAUCCUCACCAUGUCGCGCCCAUUUCCUUACACCUACAUCUCAUGCCCCUGCGCCGAUACUCCGGUUCCCGACCCCGCCAGGAAACGGAGGUCAAAAGAUUCACCCCAAAAACCAACACCAGAAAAACCGAGCCUUCCAGAGCCCAAGGCGGAGGACUUCGAGGAUGAGGAACAGACUUUUGAUCCACGAUCUCCGCGUUCCAAUUAUUCACUUCACCCCCCGGAGCAGCUGCUUUACUGUGAAGACUGCCAUCAAAUCAAAUGCCCGCGAUGUAUAACGGAGGAGAUUGUGUGUUGGUACUGUCCAAACUGUCUAUUCGAGACCCCGAGUAGUAUGGUUCGAAGUGAAGGCAAUCGAUGUGCAAGAAAUUGCUUCAAUUGCCCCAUCUGUACCGCGCCUCUUGCAGUUUCGACUCUGGAGAAUGUCACUGGGGGUGGAAGUCAACAAGGGCCUUGGGUGUUGUCCUGUGGAUAUUGUAUGUGGACGACACUUGAUAUCGGCAUCAAAUUUGACAAACCGACCAAUAUUCGAACACAACUCUCGAAAAUGACCAGUGGCUCCUUGACGCGAGAGAGGCAAAUGUCCAAGACAUUCGGGGAUCUCAAGUCGCCUUUAUCCACAUACGCUUCGAUUGACGAGCACUUUCCACCCCCCGGAGAAAGCACAGUCGACGAACCCACGCAGGCUGGCGAGCAGUCAGGUCCUAUGACCCCUGAUGCGAGAUUUGCUGCACUGAAGAAUUUCUAUAGAAACCAGAUAGCAGAGACAUCCGCCUCGCCCAACGACCCUCUCGGACCUGAUUUCGGUUCUGGCUUUGCCUCGCCCGGUGCCCUGAACCGCAUCAUGUCCCUUUACACGUCCUCAUCAAGGUUGAGUGGUCUCUACGGAGGAGCCAACAAAAAGCCCAAAUCAAAGCCUCCUGUGAUGCGGGAAGCCCUGAACUCCAGUGAAGGCCUCAAGAUCCCAGCUCCAGACGCAGAGGAUUCAGUUAUUCAACAAAUGGCCUCGGAUGAGUGCGGAUGGGAUGGCCUUGCCUCGAUGGAGCAGCGCUCAUUCCAGUGCCCCGAUGCCCGCUUUGUGGAAGAUCUCCUUCCCUUGCCAGUGCUCCUUCGAACCAAGCGCUCUAAACGAUGCAAGUCCUGCAAACAUAUUCUCGUCAAGCCCGAAUUCAAACCACAGUCGACACGGUUCCGUAUUCGUCUCAUCGCCCUCAGUUACAUCCCUCUUCCGACUCUACGACCCCUGGCGCUGGGACCCCAGGCUGGUCUUCCAUCAACUACCCCAUCACCAGGGUUAAUCCCUAACCUCGACGCCCUGCCACCCCUGAAACCAGUCCAGCUGCUCCUCACCCUGAAAAACCACAUGUUCGACCCGGUGCGAGUGACACUGGCCACACCGUCAGUGACACCAGGCCGCGUGGCCACCAAAGUCACCAUCCUCUGUCCGCAAUUCGACAUUGGCGCCAACAGUGACGUGUGGGACGAAGCCCUGCAGGGUACAACGGCAGCGGGUGAUCAGCGCUCCUCCCGAUCCGGUGGUAUCGGCGGAUACGAAAAGGUUGCAGAAGCAGGCAAAGUGUGGGACAAGGGACGCAACUGGACAAGCGUCGUACUAGAAGUCGUCCCUGGCACUUUACCCGGGGGUAGUAACAAUACCAAAAGAAGACAACCCAGUCUGAAAGAUACCAGCAAAAAGCAAAACGACAGCGACGAUGACAACGAUGACGACGACUCCGAAGUCGACGCCAACCUAUUCGACUGGAGCGGACAAUCCAAAGACACCAGCACCCAACUCCAACCCGACGAAGACGUGUUGGAGAUCCCCGUCUUCGUGCGCAUGGAAUGGGACUCGGAGAAUCAAAUGGAGCAGUCAGUGGGCAAGUCGAACUCGGACACGGUCAAGAGGGAGUUGGCCUACUGGAUGGUUUUGGGGGUGGGGAGGAUCAAUCCGGAGAUUAUCUGAGUGUGUUGUACAUACCUUUUCUGUUGAUAGUUGAUAUAGUUUUAGACUUUCAUACCCAUUGUUGUUAUCUG